AUGGAUCUUAAGGUCUUGAAAUGGCAAAUCCUACAUGGGUCAUUGGCCAGGCGUUUGCUUCUUAAAGCUUUCUUAUUCUCAUUGGCUAUGCUAAUUAUUUCGUUUAUCCAAAUUGCCCAAGAGGUUCGCAUAAUUGAGCAACCCAGGUUGAAUUUCGAUGAUUGCCCCUUGAAUGUUCGCUCAAAUGCUUAUGUGAAUCUCACCGGAUUUUUCAAACCCGGAUCUGCUUUGGCAUUCCCUCUCUUCGGAGCGUCUUGGUUGGUACCUUGCAAAGAGAGUGAAAAUUUGACUGUUGAAGUGUUUAAAGAGCUGAUGGAGAUGGAUUUGUUGGAUUCUGGUGCAAAAGUUCUAUGUGUUGGGAAGGGGUCGGCCUAUGAUGUAUUGGCAUUGCGAGAAUUGGGCUUAUUCGAUGCUUUUGGUGUUGAUAGACACCCAUUUUUCUCCCUAUUCCGGAAACGUUUCGUGUAUGAACUGGACUUCAAAGAUGAUUACUUUGAUUUUGUGUUCUCUAGAGCUGUUGAUAGGGUGUCCGUUCCAGCUCUUCUCUUGCUUGAGAUUGAACGUGUUUUGAGGCCUGGUGGGGCUGGUGCUAUGCUUGUGGGCUCCCGGAGCUUCUACACAAGCAACUUGAUAAGGUCUGCAACUCCAGUUUCAUCGUUCUUGAAAAGUUCCGAUGUGGUUCAUGUGUGCAGUAUUGGUUCCUGUACUCUGGUAAUUUUCAAGAAAAGGCUUCAGAGUGUCACUGCCCUUGAGCAUUUCCGGCUUCCUCAAGAGUGCCCUUCGGUUGAAAACAACAAGCCUUUCAUGAAGUACAUCGAGCCUCUUGUAGAUGAAAAAGCAGGACAACUUGAAACAGAGCUUUCAUAUCUGCCCAAUUUCAUGAAUAUUUCAUCAAGAAAUAGGUUAAUAUAUGUCAAUGUAGGUGCAGGGGAAUUCACAAAUUCCACUGUUGCAAAAAUGUUUAAGCACUAUUAUCCUAUCCACCCCAAGCAUUCAAUGUUUUCGUCGUUGAUCAUGACCCUUCUGUGCUCUCUUCUUAUGUGA